UUUUUGUUGGUCCUAUAUAAGGGGUUACAAUAUUGAGAUAGGAGUACAAUUCAUUAACGAUCGUUGAAGUAUAACGAACUCUCCUUCGCAGAGUGAUCAUCAUCAGAGCAGCCCACAGUAGGAGUGCCUUGAGUGCCGUGACUUGUUCUAAAAGAACUUUAUCGUUUCGAACGCAAGAAAAAAAUUUCGAACGCAGUGUUUUGUGAUACAGUGUUAUCUCGAAGCAAGAACAGCCAGAUCAUGAAAGUGUUUAUCGCCGUAUUCGCCCUACUAGUGGCCAGUGCCGUGGCUGCCCCAGCCCCGGCUGAGGAAUCCUCCAGCUCCAGUGGCCUGGGAAUGGCCCUUCGGUACUUCGGAAGCUGUCUGGAGUCCGACGAAAUGGGAACCUGCUUUGCCGUGAAAGGAAUUACCGCUCUGAACCGUGCUGCCCGUGCCAACAACAUCGAAAUCGUGCCCGGUGUUACUUUCUCAAGAGACCCAACUGUCCCGGUUGAACGCAUGGGCAAGUCCGUGUCCGAAAACGAAAUCAUCAGCACCCUGCCCGCCACCGCCGAAGACAAGAGCGACGCCCUGUUCGACAUGGCCGUCGACUCUGCCAAGCGUCUGUUCACUGCCCGCUCCAUCCAGUUCAAGCUGCCAGAGGAAGCCCAGGAAUCCAUUGCCCGUUCUAUCGAAGAAGGUAGACUGCUGAAGAAAGGUAAGAAGCUGAAGAAGGUUCUGGGCCCACUUGUCCUGGCUGUCGGAGGAAAGCUGUUCGCCCUGCUGCCCCUGCUCCUCGGAGGAGUUGCUCUGUUGGCAUUCAAGGCUCUGCUCGUCUCUAAGGUUGCCCUGGUUCUGGCUGUCGUCCUCGCCGCCAAGAAAUUCCUCGGAGGAGCUGUUGAAGGUGCCGGAACUCUGGGUCUUCUGUCCAAGGCUGUCGGAGGUGCUGCUGCUGCUGGUGCUGGUGCUCUGGGAGCUGGUGCCCUGGCUGGAGGUGCUGGUGGAGCCACUGGUGGAUGGUCGUCUGGAGCCGGUGCUCAGGGAUGGUCUCAAGGAAGCGCUCAGUAUCCUUAUGCCCGUAGCUACGAUACCGCUCAAGACCUCGCCUACAGCGCCCAGGCCCCCAAGGCGUAAAUCACCUCUUCCGCACCCUUACACCCCGAAACGAAACCAUAUUAGGCUAGGAAACUUCCUCCUACAAACCUCUAAGCACCAUCUAUGGCUCCUGUAACUACUACUCUAGUCUUCGUGCCGACCCCCACACUGUCCUGGGGAAUCAUCUUGGGCCCCCUACACAACCCACCCCUUCCAGCUUUAGUCUACACCUGUCCACCUGGCACCGAAACGUGCACCCCUCAAUCUAGUCUCUAACCAACAAUUUCCAAUGGAAGUCAGAAAGCGAGACAACGCAUCGUUGACGAGUCUACCAGCGCAAUCCGUCCAGAUCCGGAGAAUCGAGGUCUCCUCUACCGUCUACGCUCCUAUCAACACGCACCGCACCUGCCAUAAUUAUACGACACGCCAGAUCGUGACGAAAACCGAUCCAUUCACCGACGUCUAAUCUUUCACCAAAACACACCUCUUCCUAUCUCUUCAACCGCCACCCAUCCCGCCAAACAAACAAUUACAGCCCAUCAGUCGCGAAGAGUGUAGCAAGAGAGUUCUCUCCGAUUCGAUCCGAGAUCGGGUAUCAUCACCAUGAUCGCCAAACUGCGCGCAUCGAUUUGCUGAUGAUAGGCGAUGGGACAUCCACAAUACAGCAACGAUCAAUAACCCCCUCGUUCUCGCUGUGUUGCCCGCCUGCCCGCCAAUUUGUACAUACACAAAUACAAAAUCAUCUUUAGGGAAACGAAAGUUUAGCACAUGAGAGAAUUUGCACCGAGCGAGCGAGCAAGCGAGUGCGCACUGAAGCGAGCCGAAUCUCAACCCCGAUGAUCAUCGCUCAAUGACUUUCCGUUCUGCUACCGAUCUAUUCGUUAUUUAGUCGCGACCGACGUCUUUCAACUAACUCUUCCCUUCCGUUCUCCAAAAACAAAUCUUAAGUAGUGUUUAUUAGUGAUUAGUAAUUUAUUGCCCCCCGCCCCCUCAAAAGUGAAGAAAAUCCAAGAGCGACCACACGUGUAAUUAAUUUAUUUUAUUUAUGAAACUGUAAUUUAACGCCGUCCCCGAAAACAGCGAAGAGUAAAUCACAACGCGCUUGUCAGAAUUUUCCGGAAACAAAAAGUUCAAAUCCCAAUCACUUUUUUUAUUUCGUUUAGUUUUGUCCAAUGUACAAUAACAAAUUGCAAAUAGUUAAAAAGAUACCCCUCCCCCGCCACCUCUUUUAAAACAAAGACGAACUGAAAUGCUGCAAUAGUCAUAAGGAGCAUGCGAAUGCUUACUACAAGAGAUGCAACCCCACAAACUUUACGCUAAGGUAUUAAGUGAAUAAAGAGACAGAGAAGAUUCGAUUUGAAAAGAGAGAGAUUUAAAA